AUGGAAGGAGCUUCAUCAUCCUCUACAACACCGGAUGAUCAUGAUGAAGAAAUAUUUCAAAUAUCUGAUGAGAAAUAUGCAGAGGAAUUACAGUUACAAGAAGCAUUAAAUUUCUCACGUACUUCAAACCCUACUGUAACAGUAGAAGAAGAAAUCAAAGUAGUGGAAGAAAAAGUUGAGACUAAAACCCUAACGAGUAGCCUCAUACAGAAACUGAAAAAUUCUAUGAAUUUUGAAGGUGAAUCCUCUUCUUGUUCUAGUUUGAAACAAUCCUAUUGUGGUAUCUGCAUGGAAGCUAAACCGGUUGAAAAAAUGUUCGAAAACCCUAACUGUUCACACUCUUUCUGUGUAAACUGUGUUGGAAAAUUUCUAGCUAUAAAAGUUCAGGAGAAUAGAUCAACAGUAAAAUGUCCGUAUCCAAAAUGCAAUGGUAUUUGGGAGCCUCGUGACUGUAGCUCCUUUAUACCAAAGGAUUUGCUUGAUAGAUGGGAGAAUACAGUCUGUGAAGAAACAGUGUUGAGUUCGGAAAAAUUCUAUUGUCCUUUUAAGGAUUGUUCAGCUAUGUUGGUGAAUGAUGAAAAGGAAGUUAUUGUGACUAGUUCGGAAUGUCCUCAUUGUCACAGAUUAUUCUGUGCACAAUGUAAGGUUUCGUGGCACGCAGGUGUUGAUUGUCAAGAGUUUCAAAGCUUGAAAGACGGGGAGCGAGGGAGGGAGGAUCUCUUGGCCAUGGAACUUGCUAAGAACAAGAAAUGGAAGAGAUGUCCGAAAUGUAGCUUCUAUGUUGAGAGAAUUGUGGGAUGCACUCGCAUUACAUGCAGGUGUGGUAAUCAAUUUUGCUAUGGCUGUGGAUCUACUUGGAAUAGAGAUGCUCAUUAUCAUUGUGCAACUCAAUAA